CGCGCGCGCUCUCCGCAGCCGUUGAUGUCGGCAGACUGGCUUCGCAGUGUACAGCCCGGACGAUUCGUCUCGUGCCGCGCGUCUGGCGAAGGCCAUGGCCGUGUUGUGUCUGCGUCGGGUGCUAGGACAAGCGUCCUAGCGUGCCGGCCGCCGCUGUCGCGCCUCGCGCUGCGCUGUCGAAGGCGGGAAAGCGCGUGAAUUUGCUUUGCGGACUCGGAACAGCGCGGCGUGCUCGCUGGUGUCGCGCUUGGACUUGUGAACGUGCCGAUUCCAAAAGCCCUCCCUUCGUUGUGACAGUUUCGCAGACGUUGAGGCUUCUUUGUCGCCUAGCUCGUCGUGUGGACCCUACGUUGGCCUUUCGACGAGUCAAAAGGCGACAGGCGAGCGAAAGGCCCGUGGCGGGCGGCGUGACGCCGUCUGACCGGGGAGCGCCAUGGGCCACGUGAUUGUGACGUCGCGUACCUUGCUGUGGACCCUGCUGACGGUGGCCACGGCGCUGUCCAUGCUGGCGGCCGUCAUCACGCCCGCCUGGCUGGUCGGGGCGCCCAAGCGGCCACUCAUCCGGGGACGCUUGUCCGGAGCCACGAUGCGGCCGCCGCAACUCUACAGGCCCUCCAUUGGCCUGUACAAUAGGUGUGUGAAGCUGCACCAGAUCGACGAGCUGUUCACGGACAACUGUGCGCCAUUUGUAACGUCACUGUCGAUGCCAUCGGACGAGUUCCCUAGUCCGUGGAAGGCUUCGCUGGCCUUCUUCGCCAUUGGCCUCGUGUUGAUGGCGAUGACGGUGCUGUCCGCCGUGCUCGGCUGCUGCGUUCAGAGCGUGCUGAAGAAGAGCAUCUUCACCGUUUCCGGCACUGUGCAGGCCGUUGCUGGUUUGAUGUUCCUGCUUGGGCUGCUGCUGUACCCAGCUGGCUGGGGCACUCGGAGAGUGCACACGGUGUGUGGGCCCCACUCGGAGCCCUUCAUGCUGGGAGGAUGCUCUCUAGGCUGGGCCUUCUACCUGGCCAUUGGAUCCACGCUUGUCACGUUUGUCUGUUCGGUACUGUCAGUCCAAGCCGAGGUUUCCACGUCGAGCGACAAAGUGCAGGACGAAAUCCUCGAAGGGAAAAACCUCAUCUGCUUGGUGUAGCCAUCACAUCUCGUGCCGCACUUGCGGCCUUGGCUGUAAAGCAGACUGCCCCGUCCCAUUUGUGGCCCACCAUCAUUCGCGCUCUGUCUGGAAGUGAAUGUCUCUGUUAUCUUUUGGCGAAUGGAUGUGAAGCUUGCAUGCUAGGUAGUCACUCGUAAGCCUGAAAAAAAAAGCUGCCAUCUUUUCCUCUGUUCUCAGGAAGACAGAUCUGGCAAUGCCGUAUUUUUUUUUUCACAUAUAAGUUAUCUGUGAAAUUUUACUGCUGGUGUAAAUUUUACGUGCACAGGUUGGUUAUCUGAGAUAACCCUCCUAUGCACGUAAAAUUUACACCAGCAGUUACGACUCCCUCAGUGAUUCUCCUUCAUUUUUAUGAGCUGGCGCAGCUGCGCUGAAGCCUCAGCCGUCAUAGCAGUAGCGGAGAAGCGACAGCACAUAAACAGAUCUGCAUUGUUCGUUGUUAUUUUCCUUUUGUUGCACGUUAUUUUUGGCUCGUCAUGUUUGGCUUGCGUCAACUCUACCCACAAACCACCUGCUUCAGUGCAGGGAGCACUGUUAUGCAGUGCCUUGCCUUGAGGCACGACCCGAAAACAGUGCGGAAAUUGACGCCACUGAAUCUGCACUAAACGUCGAGGUAUAUGCAUAACCAC